AUAUACAUAUGCAUUAGGGUAUUCUAACCAGUAUACAAAGUAACACAACACCCGGUGUAGGGGUUACGAAGAAAUUAACGACUUUUAACUUUGGAGCAGCCUGUAUGUGUUAGUAGCUCCUGAGGUAAAACAUUCUCAUAGAAUAGUAUGAAACCGUCAACCUUUUUGCAAGUGACGUUUAAAAUAACACUUGCACAGUCUGUAUUGUCAAAAUCGCUGCUCAGCUUGGUCUGACCACACAAACGCAUUCGUUUGAAAACGCAAACUUAUCAAGAAUAUGUAGCAAUAAAUAUAUUUUGUCACGUAUUUUUAGACCACCUGUACUAUUACAUUUUAUUUUAGAAAUUGACCGCUUACACUUUUUUAAAGACGUUCACAUAUAAUUAAAAAAAACAUAGUUGCACAUUUUGCUAACACGACCAAUUCAAUGUCAUCCAAUCCAAUCACAUUCAAUCUGCCGUCAAGAUAGCCAUAUCAACGUUGUCAACGACCAGUCAGUCUCGGAACGCCGCCGCGAACGCACGUACGAGCGUAACUGUUGCAAAGUUUUGAAUUUCGAACUUCGUUUUUUCUGUGCAUAGUUUUGACGGUUGGAGAAUGUAAUUGGAGUUUUGGAAGUUUUUUUUGGAAUCCGUGAUAAAACCGAAAUCCAGACAUCAACAGACUUUUCACUAUUAUGGGCGCUUAGACAAAAUGGCGUCAUAGCUACAAGGCAACAUGAAGCAGUUCAGACCAGAACGAAGAAGUUGAUAAACCAAAUAUAAACACUAUGAAACGAACUGUAUUAAAAUACAGCAAAACUAGAAAUGAUAGUAACAAACCUAAAAGGUUUGUGAUGCCCAGUUAAAAAGAUUUCAUUAUGACCGAAUGGAGUACAGAACCGUCUUACAAUGACAAUUUCACAGAAAGCGCAAACGCUUCUCGUCCACCAGAUCCUAUCGAAGAUAAAGCUAUCCAAGCAGUUUUCUGCACAGCGUACACUCUUAUCUUCAUCAUAGGAAUCUUCGGAAAUGCUCUCGUGUGCUAUGCCGUCAUUAGAAACCGAGCCAUGCAAACGGUCACUAAUCUAUUCAUCACGAACUUAGCUUUGUCAGACAUAUUACUAUGCGUAUUUGCUGUACCAUUUACUCCCCUCUACACCUUCCUAGGCAGAUGGGUGUUUGGAGGUCUGCUAUGCCAUAUCAUGCCUUACGCUCAAGGCUGUAGCGUUUACAUUUCCACUCUCACUUUAACUUCCAUAGCCAUAGAUAGAUUCUUCGUGAUAAUAUACCCGUUUAAACCGCGAAUGAAGAUUAACACCUGUAUUGCAUUGAUAAUUGGGAUAUGGGUUUUCGCUUUAACAGUAACAUUCCCAUAUGGCUACUAUAUGGGUUUAGAAUAUAAUCCAGAAGCUGAAGAAAGCGAGAGAGAUAAUGCUUAUUGCGUGGAGAAAUGGCCUUCAGAUCAAAUUCGGAAAGCAUUUGGUGCCAUUACGACUAUAAUGCAAUUUGUGUUACCUUUUACCAUCAUGGCGUUUUGUUAUACAUGCGUUAGUGUUAAAUUAAAUGAUAGAUUAAAAUCAAGACCGGGGAGUAAGAAUAGUAAGAAGGAAGAUGCUGAAAGAGAAAGAAAAAGAAGAACUAAUAGAAUGUUAAUAGCAAUGGUGGCUAUCUUCGGUCUGUCUUGGCUGCCGUUGAAUCUUACUAAUAUAAGCAGUGAUUUUUACUCAUUGACAGAGCAUUGGAGAUACUACAUGGUAUUAUUCUUCUUUGCACAUUUCAUAGCAAUGUCUUCCACGUGCUAUAAUCCUUUUCUUUACGCUUGGUUAAACGAUAAUUUCCGGAAAGAGUUUAAACAGAUUCUUCCCUGUUUGGGAGUUUUAGUUAAGAAGCCUAAAAGAAAAUGCAACGCCUCUGAAAGAACAGAUAUGUUUCGAUCAGAAAAGACGUGCAACGGGAAUGAAAACACUAUACAAGAAUCUUUGUUGUCAACUGUAAAUAAAAUGCCUUCAGUUAGAUAUAAAAUGGAGUUUGAAGAUAAGAUGAAAGUGUAUGAGGACGAUGAAAAUAUAAGUCCUGACGAGAAGCCGGAGGAGAAUCCGAGUCCGAGUGAAGACUGUGUUAAUAUGUACAUGUUUGUAGAUAAAACUGUAACUACGUCGGAUAAGGAGCCCAUCGUGUCAGCGUUGUAGCUUCAAUGGUACCUACUACUUCUGGGCCCGUAAAUACAUAGUUAAUUGUUAAAGUGCAAGGAAGCUUCGUCUAGAAUUUUCAUAAUCGAUGUAAAUAUCUAAUGAAAGUAGAGAAUUGUAGAAAAAUUAAAUUGAAUUAAAUUUUAACGCCAGUUAAACAAUAUGAAUUCAUUAAGUGCUAUUUCUGCAGUUAUAGGCAAGUCAUAUUGUAUAUGACAUACUAUUUAUGAUUUUUUUUAUGAAUACAAAAGUGUGAACAAUUGUAUUUUGGUAAAAAAAGUGGAAAAAAUACUGCUUUGGCUUUCCAGAAGCCGUAUGUUCAAGUCUCACCCAAGGCAGUAGUUUUUCUACUUUCAAAUUUACUCUAAACUUAAUAGUAUCGUUCAUAUAGACUAUUCUGUUUGUUAAAAGUGAAUUUAAUUGGGGUUAGUAUCGUUUCGUCUAAAAAGCAGCUGGUCUAUGUAGCAUCUGGUCUAAAAAGCAGCUCGUCUAUAUUGCAUCUGGUCUAAAAAACAGGUGGUCUAAAAACCAAUUUGUCUAAAACGCCCAUGGCAACUGGUCUAAAAUGCUUUUCGCCUAAGAAGCAACUGGUCUAAAAAUACCUCUCGUCUAAGACGCAACUUGUCUAAAACGCUAUUCGUCUUUAAUGCAAGUAGUCUACAAUGCAUUUUGUCUAAAUUGUGUUUCUGACGUCACAGGCGUCCACAGGCUACAGAAACCGCUUAUUGGGACGUGUUUCUCGCCUAGGGAUAGUAUUGUCUUUCUUUCAUUCAUCUAAUGAUUUGUUCACAUGGACAUGCUUAGCUUUAUUAAUUAGUUUGGUUCUAAACAAUAUUUUGUUAAAAUACUUAAUUGGAUAUAACAUUAAUUAAAGUUUUUAUUUAAUUUUCUAGAUUUAAGCUAGUUAAUAUUUCUAGAUUUAAGUAGUUAGUUUGCUGUACAGUGUACAUAUUUAUUAUCAAUAAAGGCAUUAAUUAAUAGUAAUAUCAAUAUCAUCUGAAGUACGCUGUUAAAAUCUUUUGGGUUCCUCAGGGCCUCGGUGUAUAAUAAAUAAUACCUACUGAUUUUAA